ACCGCACCUUCUGUUGCUGGCAGCCCUCGUUGGCUUUGAUCUACUCUGGCAAUUCGGCAGAAACUUGCUGUGCUGCAGUUCCGUGCAUCACUAAGAGCUUUCCAGGGAAAGGAUCGAGCAUGAAGCUCUCUUGGCUGGCCUGUGGCGCUCUGGCGAUCUUCUGGGGAGCCAUUCUCGGAGCAGCUUUUUAUGAUGACCCACGAGAGGAGGAGUCAGUCGUGGUUGACAAUAAGUGCCAGUGUGUGAAGGUGACUUCAAAAUUUGUCCCUUCCAAAGACAAUCCUGAAGAACAAGUCUUGGAGAGAAACAUCCGCAUCAUAGUUCCUCUGAAGAGCAGGGAGAAUAUCUCCGACCCCACCUCACCAACAAGAACCAGAUUUGUCUACAAACUCUCCAAGCUCUGCAACAAAUGUGAUACAGCGGCAGCCACCGUGGACGAAGAGGGAAUUGUUGCCGGGAAGAGAACUCCAUGCGACGACCCAGACGAACCCUGCUACACCUAUGACAGGAAUAAGUGCUACACUGCCUCGACCCCGUUCCUCCAUGCGGGGAAAACCCAGCUCAUUACGACAGCCCUCAAUCCUGAAUCCUGCUAUCCAGAUUAGAGAUGAUCCAUACUGUCAGACAUCAUGGACAGACCCACGCGACACGCUUCUAUUGGUUUUCAGUUAGUUAACUAGCAUGGCUUCCCCCAAAAGAAUCCCGCUGUGGAUAGUUUGGUGAGUGCGCUGUAGGUGGAGCCUGAAGAUCACCCAGAAUUACAACUAAUCUCCGAACUACAGAGAGAUUGGUUCCCUUGGAGAAUAUGGCUACUUUGGAGGGUGGGCCGUAUGGCAGCAUACCCUUUCCAAGAGCCUCCAUUUCCCAACUCUCCAGGCUCCACCCCCAAAUUUCUAGGAAUUUCCCAGCCUGGAGCUGGCAACUCCGGCGAAAAUUCAGUGUUAAAGCCCCAGAAUCCCCUCCUAUUACAACAGGUCAGGUGACAUUGAGGAAAUGACUAUUAAACCAGUCUAAGGCCCCAUUCUGCAUCAAGCAUUCGCUCCGUUGUUUUAACCAAACCCAAACUGGAACAAAACCACAUUCAGAUACCCCAAGC